UUUCUUACAACAACAUCCUUUUGCAAAUACAUAUCUCUCUUUCUUACAUCCUCCUACAGUAGUAGUGAAAAAUGGGAAUGGGAUUGUCGAUGGACGGCGAGAGCAGCUGCACCCACAAAGUGUUCCUGCUCACCAACUACAUCCUCCUUGGCGCCGCCUCGAGCUGCAUCUUCCUGACCCUCUCCCUCCGCCUGAUCCCGUCCCUGGUGGGCGCCCUCCUCAUCCUCCUCCACAUCGUGACGAUCGGGGGGGCGGUGUCCGGGUGCGCGGCAGCCACCCGGCGCGUGGGCGGAGGGAAGUUCUACGGGGCCCACAUGGUGGCCACCGUCCUGACGGCCAUCUUCCAGGGCUCCAUCGCCGUCCUCAUCUUCACCCGCCCCGAGGACUUCCUCGCCCGCCUCGACUCCUACGUCCGCCAGGACGACGGGGUGCUCAUCCUCAAGCUUGCUGGUGGCCUCUGCGCCCUCGUCUUCUGCCUCGAGUGGGCCGUCCUCACCCUCGCCUUCUUCCUCAACUACUACGCCCACCUCGACAAGGAUGGAAAUGGAACGAGGAGCGGAAAGGUACGGGACGAGAACGAGUUGAAGACCUUGCCUUGGCCUGUUGAGGUGUAAGAGAGGGAAAUUAAGUUUGGGAGAUUUGUUUUGUUGAAUUCAUUUUGUACAUCAAGAAGGUGAUGGAAUGCUCUAUUCCACCAUCAUUUGUAUUCUUUUACUAUUACAUUUGAAAAAAAUGAGAAUUGUUAUCUUUA